AAAUUUCUCAUAUUCCAUAAGAUCUCGUUUCUGCAACUCCACAUUGCCUGUGUCCAGAAUGAAUACGGCGUUGUUUUGAAGAAAGCAAGGAUGCCAAAAAAGAGUAAAAGGAAUGUGAAUGUGGACGAUGCCGUUGUAAUUGAUACUCUUAUUGUUCUCUCUGGUGAUCUUGCUCAAGUUUUGCGAUGUAGGUUCGACUUCCGGCUGGUAGUUUUUCCAAACUCUUGGCUGGUUGUGAUUACGAAGCCAAGGCCAACGAUCCUAUUUUGUUGCAUCCAGCGACAGAGGCUAAGACAUGUGCGGAGUCAUUCAAGGAGGGGUGUCCGAUUAAUCAAAUAAGUGACCUGGUCCAAGAUCAAAAUGGGUUUGCUCAUGGUUCACUGCCUACUGUAACUGGGAAGCUUAGUGAUGUUAGACCACUUUUGCGAGAUAGCGUCGAGAACAACCAGAGAGAUGCACAGCAGAAAAGAGAGAAUAAAUUGCAAAAAGUUUAUCAUAUUCCUAUUCAUAAUGACCCUAUCUUCCCACCAACCUCCUUGCAUUUUGAAGUUGUCACUGGCGCUGCAAUCAAUUGGAGACAGGACCCAGAUAACCAAUUGAAAACGGAGCAGGAUGAUCGUGGUCAGGAAUUUGACAUGCGUCAAGGACUAAAUGUUGAUCUGAGUUCAAUCCUCUUUAUUGAGUGUUGGUGUCUCAACUUCUUCACUUUUUCCUGUGGAUAGAAGCAUGAACUCCUGUCAUAGUUCAAUGCAGUCAACGAUCGACAUGGCCCCUUCUCAUGGUUCAGAAUCCAAUAAAAAUGGCAAGGAAUUCAAGCUCAAUCCAAGAGCCAAACUCUUCUAUCCAUCCGUUGCAAAUAACAUGUCAGCAACCCCUGCAGCUCCAGUGUCUUACAUUUCAAACAACACGCCAGUACUACAUGUACCUGUUGCACAACCAGAGGUGGUGUUCAGUCCUUUGUACCUCGUUCACCUGGGCCUGCCGCCAAGUUUGUCCCAAAUGACAACUCAAUAUCUGGGUUUGGUGGCAACGUUGCUCAAUUUUCCCAACCUGUACGCAUUGUUUGGGCAGAUGGUGGGACAUGUGGGAACCAGGACGCAGCCACUAAGAUAUGUUGGUCAGUAUCCUUUCCAGGCUGCCCCGACCUUUGGGCCCCCAAAUUCUCCAGCAGUUAUGGUCGGUCGUCUUGGGCAACUUGUUUAUAUGCAGCCACUCUCCCAUGACUUGGCUCAAGGUACGACAAUCAUCUCACCGAUACCACCUUGCCCUUUGUUGACAACACAGCCUGUUCAAUAUCCGAAACAUCAAGGAACUGCAGCAACACAAGCAUUGCAGCUUUGUGUUCCAGAGCCAUUCAUGGCCAGUGGACACCAACCGCUUGCCGCAGCGCCAAAGGUCAUUCCAGCUUUGCAGCCAUCCUUCCCACUCAACCACCCAAUGCAACUGCCAGAAGCUAAUUCAUUCUUCAACGCCAAGUUCUAAUGAAUUUGCUUCUUUUGUUAAUUCUCCAUGUAGUCAACCCCAAGGUUUUAGCAAAAUUUUGAUCCUCUUAAAAGUUAUUUUCCCAAUUUGUAUUAAUUAUUAGCAUUUUUCUUUUUAUUGGAUUGUUUCCAUUCAAAUCAAGACAGUUUACCUUCGAUUGGUGGAUGGGGCCUGAUGAACUAUGUAUAGGUUGAAUUAAAAUUUGUUUAGGAUAAGCAUUAUUUCUAGGGAGGGAACGAUUCAUUGU